AUGGUCCAGCACUUGUUGACCAAGUGUACCCCUAGCGGCAAGCUUGGCAUGCGUGCAGCUGACACGGUGGCCGAGAUGUUCGGCUGCACCCCAACGACUGUUCGACGGAUCUGGAAGCGUGCCUCUGUCGACUUGUCGGGCAACAAGACGAUCAGCCAUUCAGUCGGGCAGCAGAUGAUGGGCAAGAACCGACGCAAGCAGGUCUACACUGACCUUCCGCAGCGCAUCCAAACCAUUCCCCAGUCCCGACGAUACUGCUUUCGCGUGAAGGCAUCGCUGACCGAUUUCAACAAAGUGUGCCGCCUCAACUGGGCCCUCGAUCAAGUUCGCGACAUCAACGGCGAGAAGUUCAUCGACGCCAUGUACGACACGGUCCAUGUGGACGAGAAGUGGUUCUUCAUGACAAGACUGCAAAGGAAAGGAAGGUCAUUGGUGCCCCUGGCGAGAAGAUCUAGCAGCGAACAUAUUCAGCAAGACAACCUUCGACCCCAUAUACCUCCAAGUGAUGUGGACAUCGUUGCUGCGUGCAAGGCGGAGGGGUGGGACGUGCAAGUCGUCUUCCAACCGCCCAACUCACCCGACCUGAAUGUACUCGACCUGGGUUUCUUUCGGGCCAUUCAGACGCUGCAAGUUGAGAAGCAUUCGAUCAGUUUGGAGGAGAGUGCUGCGGCAACCGAGGAGGCGUGGACUCGUGUCAGUCCGCUCACUGUGAACAAGAACUUUCUUACCUUGCAGAGGUGCCUCGAUAAGGUCAUGCUCUGCAAUGAGAAGCACAUGACGAAACAUCUUCAAACUCCUCGCAGACAGCAGAACCAUCGUGCUCGAAUCGGAAGCGACUUGGAAGCGCUACGUCGCGAAUGUUCGGAGCUUGCCGCUCAGUAUGCCCACUUGUCCAUCCAUGCAAAGCAGGCUCGUGAGAUGCAAUCGACUGUUACUGCGCAUCUAAGCUGGAAAGAAAUUGCACUGGCUUUGCAUGACGGCGCUAUCGCCGCGAUCGAAUUGCGCGAGGAGCUGCGGACAGCCCACGACGAAAUACAAGCCAUGGCGAGUGCUCUCUAUCGAUGA